AUGGGCGAUUCGACGCCCGAUCCCACACAGUAUCCUCCUGGCUACGCCGAGGAGAGCAACGCUGGUCGCAUCGUGGGCAUCAUUGCCGUCUUCCACUUCAUCGCCCUGACGCUCGUGGCCCUUCGCGUCUAUGCGCGCCUUUUCAUGGUCAGAGCGUUUGGUGUCGACGAUGGGCUCAUAAUUGUCACCGCCCUGCUUGGAUUCGGUGCUUGGAUCUGCCUCGUUGUCCAGAUCCAGUACGGUCUAGGCAAGCAUGGCGCCGUUAUACCAAUUGACGAUCGGAAGAAAUUUGAGGAGAUUACCUUUUGGAAGACUGUCUUCUCAGACGGGUUGGCCAUGGGACUGCUGAGGAUCUCCAUGGCCAUCUCGCUGCUGCGCCUGAAGCGAGACUUGAUGUGGUACAAGUGGUCGCUCUACGCUGUGAUGGCCUUUGUGGUGCUGUACUCGAUCCAGGCCAUUGUUUGGUUGUUCGUGUACUGCACGCCUUUCUCCGGCUGGUGGGAGUUCCAGUGGAUGAACCCCUUUGACCCACGAUGCCGCGACUUCAACAUCUUCCUGGACCUCACGUACUGGAACAUUUCAUGCAACAUCUUUACCGAUGUGUGCCUGGGAGCCUUGCCGGUGCCAAUCAUUUGGAAUCUGAAGAUGAAGCUUCGCGUCAAGCUCUACGUUAUUGGCAUUCUGAACUUGGGAUACCUGGCUGUUCUCAUGGGCGUCCUCAAAGCCGUGUUUAUGCUUACGACUGGCGGCGAUCCCGACGCCAUCUUCGACUACUGGGUCCAUUUCUGGCAGAACAUGCAGCUGAAUAUUGGAAUUAUCGCGGCCUGCGCCUCGUUCCUCAAGCCCCUGGUUGGCCGCAUGCUCAAGAUCAACAGCUCGGCAGGCUACUACCCCUCCGACCAGCCGUACAGCCGAAGCGGCCCCAUGGGCUAUGGCGGCAGCAACGCCUACAGCAGACAAACGGGCACGGGCAGGGGUGGUGGUGGUCGAACCCUCGACGACGAAUUCGAGAUGCACGCCAAGACCGGAACGGUGGUCCACGCGCAGGGGGACACUUCGACAGCGGGGACGAGAUCAGACCACGGAAGAGACGGAUACGGGGGAGGGGGCUCGGAUAACAACAGCGAGGAGAUCAUUCUGCAGCAUCCAGGGCCUGCGCCAGGGAUCAUGUGUACCAAGGACUUUGUUGUCGAGUAUGACAGUAAAUAG